UUAAUCAUGGCUAGAAAAAAAAUCAUCAAAUUCCACCAUAUCGCUACUUUUUUUGCUAGUGAGCCCAAACUUCUAGAAAAUGCUGUUGAAUCUGGGCAUGUAUAAACAAUGAAUUAUGACGGGGACAAGUUCAUCAUUAAAGCAACUAUUGAUGCUAGUAUGAAAGAUAAAACUUAUGUUGUGCAGAUUAUUUUUUAAAAGAGAUGGCUCUGUCGACAGUGCACAUCGUGAAUGUCCCAGAGGAACAGUUUUGUGCCACCAUAUGGCAGCGGCACUGAUAUAUGCUCAUCACAAUGUAUCAGUUACUGAUCAUCAACUCUGCAAGUGGGAUUUGAAAAAGCUCCAAAAGAAAACUUCAGACGUUCAAACGAUUGAUCAGCUUUUUCCGUGCAAGAAAUUGAAAGUAGCAAAGCCUUUUUUUCUCCACAUCAUGAGAAAAGAAUUUCUCACAGAUAUUGUUAAACAAGAUGCUAUUGUAGGUUUUUCUUGGCUUUUAUCUGAUGAGUCGCCUCCAGCUACGUUAAAUCUUAUUUCAAUGGAGGAAAUUUUAUUUUCGAGGGAAAACACACCCUUUAACUCUUCUUAUAUUCUUGAGAAGGCGAAAUUGUCUCCUGAAGAUAUAUCUUCCAUACCCAAGUAGCAUCUAAAAUUAGAUAACACCAGAAAAUCGGCAAAAUCUAACGUUAUCUUGCACAACUUCUAAUAUUAGAAAGAUACAAGAGGUCGCUGUUUGCUCUGCAUUAUACAAUAUUAGAUUCUAUGCAAACUAAUAUUAUCGAGCGUUCGCCAUAAUAUUAUUUUGCGUUAGUUUUGAUGCUAUAUAAUAUUAUAUAUUGUAUUUUCUGAUAUUAUUCCGCUUUGCUUUUUAUUUUUUUGGAGUAAGCAAGUAUGGUAGAAUAAUUCGGCGAUACAAUUUUCCUUAAUUUUCUGUAUUGUUGUGAAGCAGUAAAACAUAGAACAAUAGUUUUAUGUCAUUCCAUGUAUUAUUUACUUAGCAAUACAGAAAUGGAAACAAAAAAUAGAAAUAGAAACAAGAGGACAGAGUUUCAAUUGGAAAUGGGCAAGGUAUAGGAAGUUUCGCCUCACAGCCAGCCAUUUUGGAUGCGUUAUUAAAGCCAUUAAACGAAGCAGCUAUCCCAAAUCCCUUUAUACACGACUGGAAGGCUCAAAAGAUUUGUCAAAAAUCAAGCAAGUCCAAUGGGGCCUUCAUAAUGAAAAAGCCGGUGUUUCUGUAUUGGAGACAACUUUAAACGUUAAUGUGAAUGAAAGCGGGCUGUGGCUGGGUUACUUGGUGCUAGUCCUGAUGGAUUUUUUCGUAAUCUGGAUGGUUCCACAAGUAUAUUGGAAGUAAAACGCCCAAACAAAUAUCGGGAAGAUAAUCUUGAUGACAAAUUGAAAUUGGUUAAAGAUUAUAUCCUCCAAAUCAAGGAUAAUGUGUACGUUGUCAACCAUACACAUGAAUAUUAUCAUCAGAUACAAGGGCAACUAGCCAUAUCCAAUGCCAAGUCUUGCUAUCUUGUCAUCUGGACUUUAAAAUUGUGCAUUAUCUUUGAACUUGACUAAGAUGAAUAUA